AUGAACUAAAUUAUUCCAAACUUUAAUUCUAAGAUCAAUGCAACAUUACAGCUAAUAUUUUUAGUAACAGCAGGCUUAUUAUUGUGUAUAUUGUUAUUUUCAACAUAUAGGGAAUAAGAAAUUCCCUUUAAUGGAGAAUAAUUAAAAUGUAAGUUAAAAUACGAUGCCAAAUUGAAAUGUAGAUUAAAUAAUAGAAUAUUAACAAAUAAUAAAAUAACUAAGGAGGAUUGUAAAUUUGAAUAUAUGUGCAAUUCAAUUUUAGCAACGUAUCCAAUAUCAAUAAUAGAUGGAGUAUUGAUUAUUAUGACUAUAGUGAUGAGUUUGAUGAAGCAUUCAAAUUUACCAGGUAAUGUUGCAAUAUUUAAUAUUGUUUCAUUGAUUUCAAUAUUUUUGAGUGGUACAAGUUUGUUUAUAAUGUCAAUAAUUUUAAUGACUGGGGCUGAGUCUGAAAAUCUAAGUGUGUGGAUAUUGAUAAUUUAAUUAGUGAUUUCUUUAAUUCUAUUUGGGAGUCUAAUUUUUAUAAAAAGAGAAGAAGAAGUUUCAUAUUUAAUAAAAUAAAAAGAGUAGAUGAAUGGAAUAGAGAUAAAAUAAUAUGUAAUAAGUUGA